GUGUGUGUCCCCAGUGCCGGGGGUAUUUCCAGCGGGGGGGGUUGUUAACUCCUUCCUGGCUGGGCCAGGAGGGUGCACCAUCCCUAGUCCUAGCUCUGGCACUGGGGUCCCCAGUUCGGGCCUGGCCCGGGGGGGUGUUGGCUGUGGUUUGCAGCCUCCCCCCAUCGCCUCUGUCUUCCUUCCCAUGGCUUCUCCCACCCAUCCCCAGGCCUGGCAUCUGAUGGAGGCCAUGGGGGCAGAGGUUACCCGUGGUGCUGAGGGUCAUUGGUGCCUGCCCCCUGCUCAGCCCCUGCAGCCAGGGGCAGCUUCAUGCCUCAGUUUCCCCAGGGAAACCCAUGCUGUCCCCUCAGCCUCACGUUUGCUUUGCCUCAGUUUCCCUAUUCCCCUUGCCCCCUGGGGAUUCCUGCCCUCCGCCCCAUAGGGAAACUGAGGCCCACCAGCUCUGACUGCCGGGCCGCGCUGCCUCUUGCCAGGGCGACGCCAUGGCCGCCAUGUCACUGUGGAGCCGGGUCUCAUGCCUGCCCCCCGAGCAGCUUGCCAGCGCCUAUGGGGAGUUCCCGCGCGGGCUGCGCAACCUCCUGGCUGACUGGGUAGAGAGCCAGCCCUGGGGGUCUGGGGACCCCUUGGGUGCUCAGCUGCUGCAGCACAUUGCCAGCCUCGAGGGCACCUACAGACAUGACCCGCUGCGGCUCCUGGGCAUUGUGCGCCGGGUGCUGCAGGAGGAGAAGGCAGCUGUGAUGAAGCAGGACCGGCACCUGCCCCUGGGCUUCCACCAGCAGCAGGAGGAGAUGAAGUUUGGGCUGGAGCUGCAGCGGCUGCAGCACCGCGUGCACGAGCUCCAGGCACGGCGCCAGGCAGAGCCUGGCUGUGCCCCCACAGGUCUGCAGGGCUCCCAGCUGAAGAUGGAGGUGACAAGUGCAGGCAGCGUAAGUGGCUUGGAGCUGGCGCUGGGGGUCGGAGCUGGAGAAACUGAAGCACGGGGCAACAUGCAGCUGGGGAUGCUGCAGGGCCAGGCUGGAGGUGUAUGUGGGACCCAGGUGUCCGGGCAUGGAGCUUGCUCAGGGCACUGGGACUGGGGCUGGCCUGGGGCAGGUAGGGACACCCCCCCCCAGACCUUCUCCCCAAUCCUGUGGCGCCAGGAGCUGCCCGUGCUGCUGCUGGAAGCCACGAAGGAGCUGGAAGGGGCCAAGCAGCAGGUGCUGAAGAGGAUCCAGAUCUGGAAGCGGCACCAGCAGCUGGCGGGAAACGGCGCCACCUUCGACGAGAGCCUGGACCCGCUACAGAAGAGGUGUGAGGGGCUGGUAGAUGUGCUCUUCCAGCUGCAGCAGGAAGCCGUGGCCGCAGGAACCGAGCUGGGGGCUGAGGCGCUUGCCCGGCUCCUGGAGAGGCUCAACGAUGUCCUCACCUCCCUCGUCAAAAGCUCCUUUGUGGUGGAGAAACAGCCGCCGCAGGUGCUGAAGACACAGACCAAGUUCCAGGCAGGUGUGCGGCUGCUGCUGGGCCCGCGGCUGCUGGCAACUGCCCCCCGGCCCUGCACCGUGCGCGCUGACGUCGUCACUGAGAAGCAGGCGCGGGACCUGGCCCAGGGCUCCAGCGCCCUCAGUGAGAGCACGGGUGAGAUUAUGCACAACGUGGUCAGUCUGGAGACCAACCCGUGCGCAGGCAGCUGCUGCGCCGUCUUCAAAAAUGCUCUGCUGAAGAAGAUCAAGCGCUGCGAGCGGAAGGGCUCUGAGUCGGUGACGGAGGAGAAGUGCGCCGUGCUCUUCAGUGUCACCGUCACCCUCAGCCCUGGGAACCUCACCCUGCCCCUCCAGGUCCUGUCGCUACCCAUCGUGGUCAUCGUCCAUGGCAACCAGGACAACAACGCCAAGGCCACGGUGCUGUGGGACAACGCCUUUGCUGAGCCCGACCGGGUGCCCUUUGUGGUGGCCGAGCGGGUGCCCUGGGAGCGCAUGUGUGAGACGCUGAACCUCAAGUUCAUGAGCGAAGUGCAGACCACCCGGGGGCUGCAGCCCGAGCACUUCUUCUUCCUGGCCCAGAAGAUCUUCAACGACCACAGUGCUGGCCCUGAGGCCUUCACCGGGCGCCCCAUGUCCUGGGCCCAGUUCAACAAGGAGAUCCUGCCAGGCCGUGGCUUCACCUUCUGGCAGUGGUUUGAUGGCGUCCUGGACCUCACCAAGCGCUGCCUCAAGAGCUACUGGUCUGACAGGUUGAUCAGGGGCUUCAUCAGCAAGCAGUACGUGAGCCGGCUGCUGAGCACCGCGCCCGACGGCACCUUCCUGCUGCGCUACAGUGACUCCGAGAUCGGCGGUGUCACCAUCGCCUACCUGGCCCGGGCUGAGGAUGGUAGCUGGCAGGUGGAAAACAUCCAGCCCUUCUCGGCCAAGGACCUGUCCAUCCGCUCGCUGGGCGACCGCAUCCGUGACCUGCCCCCAGCCCUGCUGUUGUCCCUCACUCCCAACCUGCUGUUCCUCGACCCCUCUCGUGCCUCUCAUUCCCAACGUGCAGCCCCCUGCCCCUCCAGCCGUGCUGGUGCCCCUCACUCCCAUCUCUCAGCCCUUGCCCCCCCCAGGGACCCUCACUCCCAACCCACAGCCUUUGCUCCCCCCCACAGUGUCUCUCACCCUGACCCGCAGCCCCUGCCCCUCCCCCAGACCUGCUGGUGCUCCUCACUCUCAACCUGCAUCCAGAGAUCUCCUGCAUCACCCCCUACACCCAAGAAGUUGAGGGAGCCUGCGGUUCAGGCUGGGGGUGUAGUGAGGUGUCACUUCCCCCCCACCCCCACCCCGCUGCAGCCCCCAAGGGGUCUCACUGCCAUUUCCCCUGCAGAAGAGCAGAUGGCCAAGGAUGGCCGCGGCUACGUGCCCACCACCAUCAAGAUGACGGUGGAGAGCGAGAGGGUGUUGCAGCUGCAGCAGCCUGGCUCCAUGGGGGUACCCCCAGUACCCUGGCACCCCGAGCCCCUGCCCUCCAACAUAUGCCUCCAGGGCUUGGACCCCAGCACCCCCCUGACAUGCUACUCCCACACGGAGAUGACACACCCCCACUACCACAACCCCUCACAGAUGGUGUCUGUCGCCAUGACAACGGUGUCCAGGCCACCCUCCUGUCCUGACACCUUUGGCAACACACUGGACACACGGAUCCAUCUGCCCUUCCUACUGAACACCAAGUCCCCAGAGCCGCUGGACACAGAGAUGCUGGACCUGGACCCUGGCACCUUCACAGGGGUCUCCCCAGCCCUGGACACCAGCUUCAUGCCACCCCCCUCUCCCCAGUGGAUGGGGGAGGAUGGGCUGGAGCACCUGGACCAGCUGCUGCAGGAGGGGCAGCACGAGGACCCCACCCCGCACGCGCCUGGCCCCCAUGGCAUCUUUCCUGGCCUGGACACCGUGGCCAACCCCAGCUGGUAGCGGCACCCCUCGCUGGAUGUGCAUGAGGCCGUGGCCCCUGGGCCCCCAUGGGGGCCAGGCAAGAAGGACUGGGUCCCAUAAGCACCCCUGUACAGACACCUCCCCCCAGCCUGGGCCAAGCUUGCAGCUGGGGUGGGGGGGAAGGCAUCCAGCUCCUUCCAGCCCCGCCAGCAGCUCUGCCCCCCUAGCAGCGGGAUCCGGGGAGCCCCCCAGAGGGGGCAGCUGCUGGGCUGGUACAGUGGCAUGGGGGCCGAGGCCAAGUCACAGGCACAGGCUGGGACCACAAAGCAUGCUGGGACAGGUGGGGGAAAUGGGCAGUGCAUAUGCUACCCCUCCCAAGUCUUGCUGGUGCCCCUCACUCCCGCCCCGCAGCCUCUUACACCCUCCCACCCAGCCCGGCCAGUGCCCCUCACUCCCAACCUGCAGCCCCUUGCUGGUGCCCCUCACCCCAAACCCACAGCCCCUCGCCUGGCCGGUGCCCCUCACUCCCGACCUGCAGCCCCCUGCCCCCCUUCCUUUGCCUGUGACUCCUCGUAACCUGGGGGAUGGACAGGACGUUGGGGGGGCAGGGACAGAAAAUAAGCCAUAAAAUAAAGUUUUAUUCCAAAAUAACAAAAUAAAUAAUCUACUGUACACGUACAAAGGAGACGGCACCGAGGGGCUGAGGUCCCAGGCAGGUGCGGGGCCCCACAGCUCCCUCCCCCCACCAGGUGCAGGCCUAGGCCCUGCAGUGGGGCUGGGGUCCAGGCUGAGGGGUCUUCUGCAGGGGGGUGGGGGUGUUCCUCCAAUUCGUCCUACCCAUGAUACCCCUCGCAACUGUGAGGUUGUGCGAGGAGGGAGGGGGAGCAUCGCCUACUGGAGGCAUGUGGGUGCUGGUGUGCCCCCCACCACCACAGAGGCAGGAUGGGCACACAGCCAGGUUGUGUGCAUGUGCAAGAGGUGUGUGUGCACCAGGGUGUUUGGGCGGUGGGGGGUGAAUGCAGCUGCAUUUGAGCAUGUGUGGGAGUUGCAUGAAGGUGGACACGUGCAUGUGUGUGCACUGUGCGUGUGUGCGUGUGUUCAUGUGGGUGCAGUGGGGGCACACAUGGGGGCGCAUGUGUCUGUGGGUCUGGGCAUUAGGGUGUAGCAUGUGCAUGUAUGUCUGGGUGCAGUGUGGGCCUGGGUGGGUGAGCCUGUGUGUGUUUGUAUGUUGCUGGGGGCCAUGUGUGCACACGCAUGUGGGAGCAGGGUCUCAGCAGGGGGGUGAGGGGCUGGCGCCUGUGGGGGCCUUGUGCCGGGUCC